AUGCCGCUUCCAUUCUCGGCCGUCUGUGACCUCCUCGAGGAGUCGUACCGUCUGUGCCAGUCACGCAAGAGCAACACCGCCGCGGUGCACGCGUGGUUCCGCCGGCACCGGACGACCGUGGACGCACACGACGCCGAUCGCGCGGCGCUGCUCUCGACACUGCUGCCGGAGAAGCGCACCGACCGCGUGUACUGCAUCCAGGCGCCGACGCUGGAGCGCAUCAUCGGCCGGGCGCUGAUGCUCGGCACCUCGCGCAUGCUGGAGCUGGCCGCGUACAAGCGGCCCGGCGCGGGCGCGGAUCUGGCAGACUGCGUCGAGAGGAUCCUUUCCGUGACUCCGAACCCGGUCCGGGCAGAGGUCACGGUAGAGGAGGUCGACGCGCUGCUGCACGGCCUCGCGGCGCGCGUCCGGUGGAGCGCGCCGGCGAUCAGACAGCCUGACGCGGGCAUGUCGCACCGGAGCCGCGGCGACCUCGAGGCCAUGUAUCGGCGGCUGCCGGCGCGCGAGGCCAAGUGGUUCACGCGGCUGCUGCUCAAGGACUACCAGCCGCUGCUGUUCGACGCGCCGCUGCUGUACCGCUCGUGUGACCCCGCGCUGCCGUGCGUCCUGCAGAUCAGGGACGACUUUUCCGAGGCGCUCGGUGCGCUGUCGUCCGCGCGGGGCUCGCUGCUUCCGAUGGCGGCGACGGUAAGGGGGCCGAUGAGUGCGCGUCGGGUGCUGGCGACGGUCAAGCCCAAGCUGGGGGUCAAGGUCGGCAGGCAGCAGUGGCACAAGGGUCGGAGCAUCAAGCAUUGCAUCGACAUGGGCGGCACGCGGAUGAGCGUGGAGACCAAGAUGGAUGGCGAGUACUGCCAGAUUCACGUGGACAUGGGCAAAGCGACGAAGAGGGUGCAGAUCUUCUCAAAGAGUAGCAAAGAUAGCACAGAGGAUCGGUUCAAGGUCAUCCCGGCGAUCGAGAGGGCACUCAGGCUAAACAGGAACGAACGUGGGUUUCAAAAGGCUUGCAUAUUGGAAGGAGAGUUGGUUGUGUAUAAUGAUUUGGAAAACACGAUAAUGCCCUUUCACAAGAUCCGGGGGCAUGUCACGCGUCGCGGGCGAUACUUGAACACGGAACAAGACUCACAGCCGAAACCAUAUGAGCACCUCAUGAUCGUCUACUACGACAUUCUCCUCCUCGAUGACCAGUCCCUAAUGGAUAUUCGGCACUCGGAACGGCUCAAACUUCUCGAAAAAGUCAUCUACUGUGAGCGCGGUGUCGCCGCGCUGGUCCAGCGCGAAACUAUUGACUUUCGACAUUCCUUGGCUGCUUCUGCCCUGCGGAAGGCGUUCGCCAAAGUAGUCGUCGAGCGAGGCGAGGGGCUUGUUCUGAAGCCUGAUGAGCCCUACAUCGUUGUCGACGAAAACGGACGGGCUGCGCCGUGUCGCUGUAUCAAGCUCAAAAAAGAAUACAUUGGGGCGUUUGGUGACAUCGGCGACUUUGCCCUGGUCGGCGCCGGCUUCCACGCGGCAAAAGCCAAGACGUAUCGGAUACCGAACCUCAAGUGGACGCACUUCUACGUCGGCUGCCUGAAUAACAAGGAAGAAGUCCAGAGGUGGAACCAAAAGCCCGAGUUUACCGUCGUGUGCGCCGUCGAGCUCUCCGAGCCACUCUUGGAGUCAUUCCUGGCGCUCGGCGAGCUAGCAGCCGCCGUACCGCGCGCAGAAAACACUUGCACCACCCUCGUCGUGCCACCGGGCAUCCAGUGCCCCGCGGACCUGACCGUCGCCUUCACCAAUCCGAUCGUGGCCGAUCUGCGCUGCUUCAGCUUCGACAGGCCCGGCAACACGGGCUUUUGGACGCCGCGCUUCCCUGCCGUCACCAAGAUCCACGCCGACCGCGACUACGCCACCGAUGUGCUAUCGUUUGACGAGCUGCAGAGCCUGGCCGAGGAGGCGGUGAUGCGACCUGAGCUCGAGGACAGCCAGGAGAACUUGCAUUGGAUCGCGAAGCUGGAGGGCGCGGACCCGCGGGGUGUCGCGGUAGACGCGAUGAGCAGCCAGGCGACACGAUCGACGAUGCCGACGCCGUCGCCGGUUAAGAUGACGCAGAGCACGGCGACCGGGACGGAGAGCCAGUCGUCGUCAAGGGCCGCGACUGAGACCAGCCGUCAUAGCCAGCACAUGCAAGCUUCGACGCCAGUCGUGUUGAUAGCACUGUCCUCCGUUGCUGACGAGACAUCCCCGCAAAAGACUUCCAUGAAUGCGCCAGCGAAGCGCACGCCGGAGAGGGCGUCGCCGGACAAGACCUUCAAGCGUCCACGCAUGGCAAGCUCUCGAAGGAAGCAAGCCGUGCCGGCCGCGCCGCCGCCGCGAACACCUCUGCAGGAUAUGAACGUUAACAUCUCCUGCAGUGAUGCCUCGUCCCAGUCGAUAAACAGCCAGGAUAGUCAAGCCACGGUGAAGCUGAUUGACCUACCCGGAUCCAAGGUGGCGAACAGGGAAGUCAUUGAGAUUCCGAGCUCCGAUGCCGAGGACGACGGCUGGACGCAACAGACGGGCGACCGGGUAUCCAUUCCGGCCUCACUGCAUGGUCGGAAAAGUCAAGGUCCACUGCGAUGCAAGCAUGUGGGCGGCAAGUGCGAGCUGGUCGGCAAGACGAUGAUCCUGGCUAGCCCCGCGCUGCUGCACGUCGCAGAACUGAUGAGCCUGUUUCGCGAGCACGGCGUGGAGGUGCCGCGCGUGAUUCCUUGUGUAGAGACAUGGUGGCGCAACCACGGCUCGGGGGGGGCUCAUAAACAGCAGCAGAGCUGGCUGCUCGUCGACAGCGUGCAGCAGGCCGCCGAGACGAGGGCGCUCGGGGCGCGGCUGAAAGCGGCGCGCCGGCGGGAGCGUGACUUGAUCAAGGUGUACGACUGGCGGGUGCUGCGGCACCUGUCGAUUGCGGAGGACGCGCGGAUCGUCAAGAAGUACUACGACGGGUUUCCCGGUCCAAUGGGGCGGUGGUUCUGCGCGCACGUGUAG